GCGGGAUUCGCGGGAGAGCCAAGGACUGCGGGCUUGGACGAUCAACGCACUGCACAGGGUUCGCUGGGCUGCGCUUGGGGCCAUCAGCGCCUGCCUGCGCCUCAGCCAUGCUCACUGCCCACCGCCCAUGCUGAGCACGCUGCGCCCUGAGCAUCCCGCCGGCCCUUAACUCGCACACGCCCGCUGGUGCUGCUCUGCUCUCUUUGCUGCACUGCGUCUCUCCGGGCGAGGGCGUGACUUGACUACCAUUGACUGCUGCCGCACGUCGUCACCCGCCGCACUUCGUCGCCCGCACGACGUCCUAUUCCCAGCAGCGCCCGCGCCGGAAGCGCCGGAGAUUUUUGGCGGCGCGUUUGGUCGGAUGCUGUAGAACGCCAUGGACGAGUGGACAUCGAAACAGCUGCCGGAGCGGCUGCCCUUCUCCAAGAAGCGGCUGCCGAAGCGCGUCAUCUUCUCGUACAUCAUCGACUACCUGAUUAUCAUCGUCCUCAUCGGCGUCUUCACCAUCAUCGACAAGGUCCCGCCCUUCCACCAGCCCUUCUCGCUGCAGAACUACACCCUGCACUACCCCUUCGCCCACAAAGAGCGCGUACCCGUCCCGCUGCUAUGUGUGCUUGUCGUCGGCGGCCCCAUCGUUAUCAUCGGCUUCUACACACUCGUCAUUGAUGGGCUGUUCUCCCACCAGACCCCCAUGCCGGCUGGCAGGGUCGGCGUCAAGCGGCUGAGCGGCCGAUACCGCUUCAAAGACCGUCUGUGGGAGCUGAAUUGUGGCAUCCUCGGCCUUGGGCUGAGUGUCGGCGCGGCCUUUACUAUCACGGGCGCGCUCAAGAAUGCAAUUGGAAAGCCGCGCCCGGACCUUAUUGAUCGUUGCAUGGUUAGAGAUGGUGUGAAAGUUGACCCUUUGAGUCUGACGCUCGUAACUAUCGAUAUCUGCACCCAGACCGAUAACUACAUCUUGCAAGACGGGUUCAAGAGCUUCCCCUCGGGGCACAGCAGUGUAUCGUUCGCUGGGCUGUUCUACCUUUCCCUCUACCUCGCCGCAAAGCUGCACGUCAUGGACGCCAAGGGCGAGGUUUGGAGGUCGUUCAUCGUUCUUGUCCCGACACUCGGCGCAGCUCUCAUCACCGGUACGCGCAUUAUGGACGCUCGUCACCAUCCUUUCGAUGUCCUCUCUGGCGCCCUGCUCGGCAUACUCGUGGCGUGGGCUGCGUACCGGCAAUACUUCCCCCCAAUUUCGGAGACCUGGAAGAAGGGACGUGCCUACCCGAUUCGCGCAUGGGGCCGUGGCCCAGCUCUCCCACCCGCCCCUCAUAUCACGAUCGAUGAAGACGUGCAACCGCUCCGACCAAUGGGGAAGCCAAUGGGUCCGGUUGACGAAGAGCGCGGAGAAGCAACUGGCAUCGCAGUGACAACUGACGGUGAGCAAGGCGUAAACGUCUUCCGCCAACAGAUCUCGAACUCGCAGCGCAGACGCCAGGCGGAAGGACCAUUUGGAGUAGAUCGCAGCGACACACAAGCAUCGAGCAAUUACCGCUCAGACACGUUGGGCUCGAACUACAGAUCCAACACGUUAGACUCUUCGUUAUCGACCAAGGUCAACAGAUACCAAAAUGAGAUGCCGACUGCGAAUCCGUUCGCAGCGAAUGCCGCGCGUCAACGCCGUAUGGAGUCAUAUGACUACUCGUCCUCCGAGGAAGAUGAGCCGUAUGAGCUCCAGCCAACAGGUGGCGCCUACAACCCAGUCUCGGGACGCUUGACGGACACGGGCUACCACCCCCCGCAAGGAAUCUCGCCGAACCCUACACCACCCCCGCCCGUAAACACCUUUGCGCCGCCCCAUAUGACUACAAUGUCACCAACCGGAGACCUGAGUGACGGAAGGGACGUAGGACCGCCCCCACCCCCGCACGCUGUUGGCACAACGCCCCAACAGAUAUGAGACAGCAGGAAGAGCGGAGGAUAUGCAUUCAUCCUUGACUUGAUUAUACCCCGGGUGCACCGUCUGCUUCCAGGGAAGCGGCAACGGGACAUGACGGCUGUAACGACUUGGCACUGGGCUGCUCCAUGACAGGCAGAGGAGCACGGCGUUCUUGUAAAUUGAAUAUGGGCGUGGCUGGCACGCGGCUGGCACGUAGCACGUAGCAACGUCGCACCGUGGACGCGGCGCAAGAGAAGAUAGUACGAUGUAUUAAAUCAUAAGUAAUAUCUCAA